AUGGAACUCAACCGAGAACACUUUCGCGCCAUAAUUUAUUACAACUUUCAGAGACAAUUAUGGCAACAAGAAUGCCUUGCUGAGUUACUGUCUGUUUCCGGCAACGAAGCGCCACAUCAGACGACAAUUUCCCGUUGGUAUGGAGAAUUCAAACGUGGACGGGUGAGUCUUAGCGACGAUCCCAGGGUGGGUCCACCAAAAACGGCAGUCACCCAGGAAAACGUCGAUGCUGUGCGCAAACUCAUCAUUGAAGAUAGACAUCAUAAAGCAGCCAGGGUUAAUUGGUGUCAAAACACGCUUGACUGUUUCAAUUCCGGAAACUCAAAAAAUGUGUACAGCAUUGUUAGUGGUGAUGAAUCGUGGAUUUACUGUGAAGAAAAACAAACAAAAGUCAUCCGUUCUCGAAGUGUUUCGAAAAAGAUGGUCGCGACAUUUUUGUCAAAAGCGAGUCAUAUUGCAACAAUUCCUCUUAAUGAGCAAAGAACUGUUACUGCGGAUUGGUAUACCACCAUUUGUUUGCCAAAAGUCAUCACCGAGCUUCGAAAAAUCAACCCCGAAAGAAGAAUCAUCCUCCACCAAGACAAUGCAAGCUCGCACACAGCCCAAAAAACAAAGCAGUAUUUAACGGAAGAAAACGUGGAGUUAUUGGACCAUCCUCCAUAUAGUCCCGAUCUAAGUCCUACAGAUUUCUUUAAUUUCCCGAAAAUUAAAAACAGACUGCGUGGUCAAACGUUCCAGUCACCAGAAGAAGCAGUUGACGCAUUCAAAAAUGCCGUUUUGGAUCUGCCAGCAAACGAGUGGAAUAAGUGCUUCGAAAAUUGGUUCGAGCGAAGACAGAUGUGUAUUAAUUUUCGUGGAGUAUACUUCGAAAAACAAUAA